ACACACAUACGUGUCUCCCGCCAUCUCUCUAUCUUUCACUCAUACUCUCCCUCAUCCAAAGAGCGACAAAACUGAUUGAGUGAGUGGGAGGGUAAGAGAGAAAGAGAAAGAGAGAGAGAGAGAGAGAGCGAAUGUCAGCUUCUCUCUUCUCAUCUCAUCUUAGGUGAAAUAGUAGCAAUAAUAGUAUUUCUACUAAGACAGUAAUAAGUAAUAAUAAUCAUAACAACAACAGCAGCAACAGUAAAAAUAAUAAUAAUAAUAGUACUACUACUAUUACAACUAAUAGUAGUAGCAACAGCAACAGUAGUAGUAGUAGUAGUAAUAGUAGUUGUUGCAGCCGCAGCAAUCGCCACCGCCUUACCACCACCACCUCGACAACUACCACCACCACUACUACCACUACUGCUAACUAAGUAAAGCUCGAAACCCUCUAGCAGUACGCACAGCCAGUAAGUUGUAGUCUGGCGAAAUCCGGGGGGCCUUUAGGACCUCCACUGGUCUAUUGCGAUACUAAAUGGAACUGGAAAAUAUUGUUGCGAAUACGGUCUAUAUAAAGGCACGAGAAGGUGGUGGCGGCAAGAGAAAAGGCAAAAGUCGAAAAUGGAAGGAGAUUUUACAAUUUCCUCACAUAUUACAGUGUUUGGAUAUAAAAAAUAAAAUUUCCCUGACAUACAAGUAUAUCGUUGAACAACAGCCUGUUGGUCGAGAACUGUUCCGCCAAUUCUGCCAAAACAGAUCGGAGAGCAAAUUUAUAGAAUUCUUAGAUGCUGUGGAAGAAUAUGAAAUCAGUCCCGAUGAAAAACGGCCUUCCAUUGCCCAGAUGGUGUUUGAUAAAUACCUUAGCUCAGAGUCUGCGAUCUGUCUAACUCAGGCCAAUGGGACUCAAACACAAGCAAUCCAAGAAGCUAUUUCUGGAAAUAAUUCUAAUAAAGAACUAUUUGAGCCAUGUGCUGAAAUAGCCAGAGAUUAUUUAAGCAAGCAAACAUUUUCAGAAUUCUUAGAAUCAAUGUAUUUUAAACGUUAUUUACAAUGGAAAUGGUUAGAGAGCCAACCAGUCACCAAAAACACAUUUCGGAUGUACAGGGUGCUGGGGAAGGGAGGUUUUGGGGAAGUGUGUGCAUGCCAGGUGCGGGCCACUGGCAAAAUGUACGCUUGUAAAAAGCUGGAAAAGAAACGGGUGAAGAAGCGCAAAGGGGAGGCCAUGGCGUUGAAUGAGAAACAGAUUUUACAGAAGAUCAAUUCUCGGUUUGUGGUGAACUUAGCAUAUGCAUUUGAAACAAAGGAUGCACUUUGUUUGGUACUGACGCUGAUGAAUGGCGGUGAUCUCAAGUUCCAUAUCCACAAUAUGGGACAUCCAGGUUUUGAAGAGGAACGGGCUGUUUUUUAUGCUGCUGAGAUCAGUUGUGGUUUAGAAGACCUGCAUUCAGAGAAUAUAGUGUACAGAGAUCUGAAACCAGAGAACAUUUUACUGGAUGAUUUUGGACAUGUUCGGAUAUCUGAUCUUGGGCUAGCUGUGGAAAUAACACCUGGGCAAGGUAUCCGAGGACGAGUCGGCACAGUUGGCUACAUGGCCCCAGAAGUUGUAAAAAAUGAAAAAUACUGUUUCAGCCCCGAUUGGUGGGGUCUUGGCUGCAUCAUAUAUGAAAUGAUUGAAGGAAAGUCACCCUUUCGAGCUCGCAAAGAAAAGAUCAAGCGUGAAGAAGUUGAUCGACGUGUGAAGGAAGAUCAAGAAACGUAUUCGUCCAAGUUUAGUGAAGAAUGUCGUUCAGUGUGUAUGCAGCUAUUAGAUAAAGAUCCAAAUAAACGUCUCGGAAGUUCUGAAGCAGGUUAUAAAGAAGUCAAAGCUCACAAAUUUUUCAAAAAUAUCAACUUUAAACGAUUAAUGGCUGGAUUAUAUCGAUCACCGUUUGUCCCAGAUCCACGAGCGGUUUACUGUAAAGAUGUUUUGGACAUAGAACAAUUCUCCACUGUAAAGGGUGUUAACCUCGAUCCAAGUGACGAUACAUUCUAUAGCAAAUUCAACACAGGCAGCGUUUCAAUACCCUGGCAAAAUGAAAUGAUUGAGACAGAAUGUUUUAAAGAAUUGAAUGUGUUCGGUGAAAACUUUACCCCUUCACCAGACCUACUGGAGGACCAGCCGCCUCCGCCUCCCAGACCUGGCUUACUAGAUCGAAUCUUGCGUCGUAGGCGGUUCUCAUGUUGGAUUUGGUAAAAUGCAUGGUUCUUUUUUAAAAAAAAAAUAAUACCAUGCUUUCAUUGUUUCUCUUGCUCUCUAAAUGUGUUUCUGCUGCUUUCAAUAUUUGCAUUUUUUUUGUCUUUUUUUUUUUUAAUGAGUUUAUCGCAGUAUCUCAAGUCAAAUUAAAUGGUUUUGCUGUCAGCCAUUUGUCAUAUAUAUACUUUCACUCAUAUUCUUCAACACACUGUAAACCUGUUUGUCUCCAAGUUCUUUGCUAGCGUGUCCUUUGACUGCUGCUUGAGAGGGGAAGCGAAGUAAUAAAUAUGAAAAACAAAAAAACUUUUCUGCUGAUAUGUAGCAUAUUGAGAUUGCUUAUAAUUUUAUAUAUAUAUAUAAAAAAAAACCUAAAGUAGAUGAGAUUGCGUUAUAAUUUUAUAACAGAAAUCUAAAGUAGAUAUAGAGUAAAAAUUCUUGAACGAAGGAUUUAGUAAUUGAAUUUGUCAUAAUGUUAAAUAUAAUUAUGCUCCCUUUUUAUAUAUAUAUAUAUAAUAUAUAAGCUACUAUUAAUUCCAUUUUGUUAUUAUAGUAACAUGUAACUUCAAAUAUUAUAUACCUCCACCAAUCAGUUUCGGCCACGACCAUUUCAAUUCACUGACUCUCUAUAGAUACUUCUUUCGAUUUGGCCUCACAAUCUUGUAUUCUCAUCUCUAAGAUUUAUUAUUCCUAAAACUUACCAGUCAUAGACAUCAGAAGAAGACAAUAGUAGCAACAAUUCUUUACAUCAGUUAUUCCAUUUCUAACAUAAUUUUUCAUUAAAUGGUUUUGUCAUCGUGAGUUUGAUUAACAGUACUGAAGAAGAAAAAAAUGUUUUGCUUUUUUUUCAAAGAACUAGCCAACAUACUUUGUCUGAUGUUCCUAGAUGGAUGAUGUUUCUCAUUCCUUUGACUUACCUAUAAAAAAAAAUGACUCAAAUGUUGGAAACUGUACAAAUAGAUUUGAAUAACCAUUUUACAGAGAGGAAAGGAAGGUCACAUAGUACUUUCCUCUGCACUUGGUCCAACCUUUCACUGUUGCGCUAGAUAGUUUCUAUAAUAAACAUGCUCCAAAAAGAAAAGAAAAAAAAAAA